AUGUCAGCAUCUGCCUUUAAUUCUGCCUUCAGAAGAUUUUUAAACAGUGAGACGGGACCUAAGACCGUCCACUUUUGGGCGCCCACUCUGAAAUGGGGGUUGGUCUUUGCAGGGCUAAACGAUAUAAAGAGACCCGUGGAGAAGGUCUCAGGAGUACAGAAUCUGUCUUUAUUGGCCACGGCGCUGAUUUGGACUCGUUGGUCGUUUGUCAUUAAGCCCAAGAACUACCUGCUCGCCUCUGUGAACUUCUUCCUGGGUUGCACUGCUGGGUACCAUCUAACGAGGAUUGCCAAUUUUAGGAUACGGAACGGGGACACGUACAAACAAGCCCUGCACUAUAUAAUAAAGGGGGAGACACCUGCGGCUGUCGCGGCAAAGUCCGCAUCUGCCUCGGUGAACACAGGUGUUAUCAGCGCUAAUCCGCCUAUAACACACUGA